AUGCGGGGGGCUCCUGGGAACUGGGUUGGAGCCGAGCUCGCGCUAGCCAGGCGCAAGCGCGCACGGACUGCAGCCACCCGAGGACCACCCCCCGUUCCUGGCCACCCGGAGACCCCCGCACAGAAUCGCCUCCGGAUCCCCGGCAGUCGGCGGGAGUGUCGGAGGUUGGCGCAGGCCCCCGCCCUCAACGCCCCCCACGGGAAGGAAGCACCCCCCGAACUAAAAAGAGCAGAGAGGAAAGAAGCCCUCAUUCGGGGGCCAGGAGGCGAGCCGAUGCCGAGCUGCACCGCGUCCACCAUGCCGGGCAUGAUCUGCAAGAACCCAGACCUCGAGUUUGACUCGCUGCAGCCCUGCUUCUACCCGGACGAAGAUGACUUCUACUUCGGCGGCCCCGACUCGACCCCCCCAGGGGAGGACAUCUGGAAGAAGUUUGAGCUUUUGCCCACCCCCCCUCUGUCGCCCAGCCGUGCCUUCCCGGAGCACAGCCCCGAGCCCCCGAACUGGGCCACCGAGAUGCUGUUGCCCGAGGCCGACCUGUGGGGCAACCCGGCCGAGGAGGACGCGUUCGGCCUGGGGGGUCUGGGCGGUCUCACCCCCAACCCGGUCAUCCUCCAGGACUGCAUGUGGAGCGGCUUCUCAGCCCGCGAGAAGCUGGAGCGCGCGGUGAGCGAGAAGCUGCAGCACGGCCGGCCGCCCGCCGCGGGGUCCGCAGCACCGGCCCCGGGCGCCCCCAGCCCACCGGGCCGCGGCCACGGAGCCGCGGCUGCCGGGCCGGGCCGCCCCGGGGCCGCCCUGCCCGCCGAGCUCGCCCACCCGGCCGCCGAGUGCGUGGAUCCCGCCGUGGUCUUCCCGUUCCCGGUGAACAAGCGCGAGCCCGCGCCCGUGCCUGCCUCCCCGGCCGGUGCCCCGGCGGCAGCCGCCGCGGUCGCUUCGGGGGCGGGCAGUGCAGCCCCGGCGGCCGCCCCGGUAGUCGCCCUUCCGCGCACCGGCGGCCGCCUGGCCAGCGCCAGUGACCACAAGGCCCUCAGCACCUCCGGAGAGGACACCCUGAGCGACUCAGAUGAUGAAGACGAGGAGGAGGAAGACGAAGAGGAGGAGAUCGACGUGGUGACUGUGGAGAAGCGGCGGUCGUCCUCCAGUAGCAAGGCUGUCACCACCUUCACCAUCACCGUUCGUCCCAAGAGUGCAGCCCUGGGCCCCGGGAGGGCUGCGUCAGGGGAGCUGAUCCUCAAACGCUGCGUCCCCAUCCACCAGCAGCACAACUAUGCCGCCCCGUCGCCCUACGUGGAGAGCGAGGAGGCGCCCCCCCAGAAGAAGAUCAAGAGCGAAGCCUCCCCACGGCCCCUCAAGAGUGUCCCCCCGCCCAAGGCCAAGAGCUUGAGCCCCCGCAACUCUGACUCGGAGGACAGCGAGCGCCGUCGGAACCACAACAUCCUGGAGCGCCAGCGCCGCAAUGACCUGCGCUCCAGCUUUCUCACGCUCAGGGACCACGUGCCAGAGCUGGUGAAGAACGAGAAGGCCGCCAAAGUGGUCAUUUUGAAAAAGGCCACCGAGUAUGUCCACGCCCUCCAGGCCGAGGAGCACCAGCUUCUGCUGGAGAAGGAGAAGCUGCAGGCCAGACAGCAGCAGUUGCUAAAGAAAAUUGAACACGCUCGGACUUGCUGA